GGAGAGGGGUAGGAAAUGAGGGUGCGAAGGCCUUGGCCCUUUGGCUGCGGGUCGACGGCCCGUCGUGAGAAGAGACGUCCCUGGCCUCCCCAUGCCCGCCUGAAAGUGCAGCCUCGCCGCGCGCACCGUGGCACCGGUGUUGAUGGCCCCGGAUACUCAGAGAACGCGGAUGUUGAUGCCCAAGAAGAACCGGAUCGCCAUUUACGAGCUCCUCUUCAAGGAGGGGGUGAUGGUGGCCAAGAAGGACGUGCACAUGCCCAAGCACCCCGAGCUGGCGGACAAGAACGUGCCCAAUCUCCACGUCAUGAAGGCCAUGCAGGUAGCCGGCCGGGCGCUGCUGGAGUGGGUGCCGAUGGAGGGGUUUUCGGCGGCUGCCCAAGGCCAAUGCCCAGGAGGUCAGGACAGCCCGCGCUGCUUGCUGCCUUGACGGGCCGUGAGUCUCUCAAGUCCCGGGGCUACGUGAAGGAACAGUUUGCCUGGAGACACUUCUACUGGUACCUCACCAACGAGGGCAUCCAGUAUCUCCGCGAUUACCUGCACCUGCCCCCUGAGAUCGUGCCCGCCACCUUGCGCCGCAGCCGCCCUGAGACUGGCCGCCCAAGGCCCAAAGGUCUGGAGGGCGAGCGACCUGCAAGGCUCACACGAGGGGAAGCCGACAGAGACACCUACAGACGGAGUGCUGUGCCCCCUGGUGCUGACAAGAAAGCUGAGGCUGGGGCUGGGUCAGCAACCGAAUUCCAGUUUAGAGGCGGAUUUGGUCGUGGACGUGGUCAGCCACCUCAGUAAAGUUGGACGGGUUAUUUUGUGUUGAAUAAACUUGUGGUCAGAAAACAA